AAAUUGGGGCUAAAUUUGGCGGGAAAAUUUAUUUCCAGCCCUAAAAUUUCACCCCAAAAUAUUCAGUUUUCGAUUUUUACAAAGAACCCUAAGUUCCCUCGCGCAAUUUCAGAACCCCCCAUCACUCUUUUAACUUUUAUCUCACGAUGGCAUCUUAACUCCUCCAAUUUCGCCCUGUAAAUCCUACCUUCUACAAGUAUCCUCGAAGAUAAAUCUCAAUUUGGCGGGUUCGUUCUCUUUAGGGAUCGUUACGAACGGUUUGCAGACCCAUAUGGCUGACGUGUUUGACGACGAGGUUGAUGCCGAGCCCACGAUUUCGAUUGGGGAUUAUCUAAAAGCUGUUGAAGAAGAGGAACUGGAAGCAGAUUUGGUCCUGGGAGGUGACGAGGGCAAGGAGUGUACCUAUAGCAAAGGAUAUGUUAAGAGACAGGCAAUUUUCUCGUGUUUGACAUGCACACCCGAGGGGAACGCGGGUGUCUGCACAGCCUGUUCCUUGUCUUGCCACGAGGGCCAUGAGAUUGUGGAACUAUGGACCAAAAGAAACUUCCGGUGUGAUUGUGGGAAUUCGAAAUUCGGGGAGUUCUUCUGCAAGCUGUUGGCUAGCAAAGAUGUAGAGAAUUCAGAGAAUCUGUACAACCACAAUUUCAAAGGUACUUACUGCACCUGCGAUCUGCCGUACCCCGAUCCUAACGUCGAAGAGCAAGUCGAGAUGAUUCAGUGCUGCAUUUGCGAAGACUGGUUUCACGAGGAGCAUAUCGGUCUUCAGUCUUCUGACAAGAUUCCAAGAGAUGAAGAAGGCGAGCCUCUAUACGAGGAUUUUAUAUGCCAAGGGUGUGCAGUCGUUUGUUCUUUUCUAACUUCCUAUCGUCAAAUCAUUUCAGUAUCGAACACUUCGGAUACUGGAAAGGAAAAGGCUAUUUUAGACAAUUCACACACGAUAUCUUCAGGCAAGAUGGAGAAUGGGAGUUCUUCGAGUUUAACCAAUCAAGAAGGUGAACUUAAGGUUUGUACUGAAGCUGCGGGCCCAAGUGGAAAGUGUGUUAUCGGAGAAGUUAUAGGAAAUUCGCCAACUGAGUCUGAAGGCGAUAAAAAGCCGUUUUUUCUUUCUAAAAACUGGAGAGAAGUUCUAUGUAGGUGCGUGAAAUGCUCGGAGUUUUACGCACAGAAGGGAAUUAGCUACUUGCUUGAUAAAGAGGAUUCAAUUGCUGAGUACGAGAGAAUGGCGAAACAGAAAAGAAACGAGAAUAUGGAGAGGCAAGAGGGCGUUGAGAUGAACUUUCUGAAUAAUUUAGGUCAUGUCGAGAAGAUGGAGAUACUUAGUGGAAUUGCUGAUAUGAAGAAUGAACUCUUUUCGUUUCUGGAAUCUUCGGACCCUUCGAAGGCUAUCACGACUGCCGAUGUGCAGCAGGUUUUUGAGAAUCUUGCCAAGAAGAGGAAGCGCCCGGAGUAAGUUAUCGAGCUAUUUAUGUUAAAAAAAAAACGAACCUGGAUAAUAGUAAUGCUUUUAACUCUGUGUGUGUGUGUGUGUGUGUGUGUGUGUGUUUCUGUGAAGUUUUGUAAACUCUGGUUUUCGAUUAUGGAUCUUGUGUAGUUAGUAGUGA